UAUACACCUACCAACAAUAGCGAUCUGUAUAUACCGAAUUCUUCAUGAUUAUCGAACAUGAAGUAGCAAGUAUUCAUUAUCGCCACCAAGGAAGCAUAUCAAACAAAUGUUAACUAAUCAGCAAUUAAAUAUGGCCGACUCAUAUAAAGUCACCCUCCUAAAAAUCGAUUAAUAUCUUUAACAGACAUAGCUAUGAAGUAUUUAAUGGAAGGCAACGAUAAAGAUUAGUAAACGAAAGGGGAGCAAUGAAGAUUAUCGAAGGAGACGUGCGAUUGCCAUAGAAGAAUUCUAGUCAUACAAGGAACAAAUACGACCAUUCGUCUUUUAGGGGAGGGGGGUGGAGACAAUUUUUAAUGAAGGAAUAUAAAAUAAAAGAGAAUAGGGAGGAAAAAGGGAGUUAGAAAAGAGAGUUGCGUGGGCAGAAGGAAGAGUAUAGGAAGAAAAGAGCAGAGGCGCCACAGGAAUUGAUAAGUGUGAUUUGGAAAUGCUUUCAAAACAUAUGGUAUAUUCUAUAACAAAAGCAAAGACAAAUAGUCAGUUAUAUAUGAUGCGCUGCAUAAAGGAAGCUCCUCUUAGUUCCUUCCCAGAUACAGAGGUUAAAUGGGUUCCUAUCAAGUUAGCUCUUAGCAGUGUAGAAGGCCCUUUGCUUGAAAAUGCAUCUUGCAGUUAUGAGGCAUCCGCUGCAGUUGCUUAUUUUCAUCUGCGGCCAUAUUCUGAAGCUAUCCACAGUUGCUUGCAAGGAAAUUUUCAAGUAACAGUGACAGAACUUCAGAGACACAAUAUGAAGGAUCAAGCUUCAGAUCAUCAAAACAGCCUGGCACAAUCUAAUAGAUCUAAGCAAGAACAUUUGGCACCAAAGCUUUCACGUAUAAGUGAUGAAAUCAGAAAAACUAAUGCUGAUUUUAUAGAGGAUCCUAUUGAGAAUGACAUAGCAUCUAAAAGAAAAAGUGAACAGGCUGCAGCAGCAGCCAACCCUGCUAACAGCACCCUCAAAUAUGGACCAAUGACAACCAAAGAUGGAGGGGAUGCAGGGAAAGCUUUGGAGCAAUUCUUAGACAAAUAUCCAAUACCGCUGCAGCACAAAUCCAGUGCAACUAACCAGGCAAUGGAUGAUCAAGUUCACAAUACAGAGGAAUUCUCAACUCAAACUCCUAUGAAGCAACAAGUUUUAAGAGUUGACCAAACAGAUCGACCAAAAGAGAAAAGUGAUGAAAGGCAUCAAGCUUCAGUAACCCAAAAACAAGCAGUUAUUCAAAAAAUACCAGAAGUGAUUGUCACAGAGACCAUAGUGCAUCCUCAGCCAGAAAAGGAUCAUUUCACAUCUUUUCAAUGUUCUGCACAAACCCAAGAAACAGAAAUGAAUAGCUGCAGAGAUGAACCAACAUCAGGGGGCCUUGAUUUCUUUUUGCAGCACUUGAGCAAGAAGCAGAAAUUAAAAUCUUCAGAUCUUACUGUCUCUGCUUCCAGGGAAAAUUCACAGAUUUCAGAAAUGGGGCCAGCCUUAACUAGCUCGAUUGUUUUAGAUCCUACCAAAAUGCAACAUACUACAGUUCUAACAGUAGCCACUUCAUUCCAGAAGCAGAUUGAGCAGCGAGUGGCCAAAUAUAAGUUGGAAAAUGAACAAUUACAUCAGAAGAUUGAUUCAAUCUAUAAAUUUGUUCAAGAGACAUUCGCAGAAGCUAUCAAUGUUUCUGAGGGAGAUUUACCUGAAUGCACCAUUGAUAGAUUGCAAGUGGCACUGAAAAGUUUGGCGGAUUCUAAGAAUAAGGAUUUAGUUCCGUUGAAGAUAGAUAGAGACCUGGUUUCUAGAUAUUUAUUGAUAGCAGAUGAAUUAGAAAAAGAGGUAAACAAAUCAUACAGAAAGCUGAGUGUUGCCACCCAAGAGUCUUUUACUAUCUUUGUUGAACUGCAUAACUGGCCAACUUUGUUGACUAGGAGAGAUGCUGAAGGCAGUAGGUUAUUGUGUGAAGUUCAGCAAGCCACAUCACAGUGCCUGACUUUGACCACCUUGAAUGAUCGCAUUUCUAAAUUGCAAGAAGCACAAGAGAAGGCCAAGAAAAUUCAGCAAUGGUAUGAGUCAUGCCCAUCUGUUAUCAUGCAACUUCAAAAUUGCAAAGAUCACACUGAGUACCAAUGGAAGGCUUUGCAGAAAGUAGUUACAUGGGCAGUGGAUGAGACAUUGGAUGUUCUGAAAGAGAAGCCCGAGUCUGCUGAUUCAGCAGCACUAUACUGUAGCAGAUUACAAAACCUGGAUGAUAGGUUGGUGGAAGCAAUUGAUGAAUGGGAAAAAUUCAAGAUAGAACUAUUAAAUGCAGUCCCCGAGUUGAACAAUCUAUUCCAGAAGAGUAGUUGAAAGUUUUUAGACUCUUCAGAUAUUGUUAAUUUCAUCUCUCAAAAUUUGUGCUUUGAGCUGUGUCCAGAUGCAACACUGUGUAGCUUUGCAGGAAAUGUUAAAUGAAAUAUCUAGAAAAGAUGUUUUGUAUUGGCACCUGUUAUUGGAAGGUUCUGAUUUCUUAUCUUGUGGUUGACAGACUGAUUUUGAUAUAAAGAAUUGCUGAAACUAUGUAAUAAGAUUUGAGAAUGACAGUGUUUUGAAUCAUGAUAUUUAAGUAUGGAGAUAUGAUGUCAUGUACUACACUUUAAAAUAAUCAUGAUCUGAGCAAUAGAAUAGGAGUUGGUAAAGGGAUU